AUGACUGUUUCAGUUUUCUGCAGAUUUGGGUAUAUCUGUACCCUGAGUGUCCUUCUGAUGUCGACUGGUCAAAGUCUGAGCAGUCCCAUCACGCCUCCUGAAAACUGUCACAAGGCAUCUCUCGGUAGGGCUGUUGUUGAUAACCCCUUGCUUGAGCAGACUGAUGAAUUGGAUCCAAAGGACCUUCUGAGCAAGUUUCUGUCUACACCUAACCUCACAGAGCAGGGGCCCCAGCCCAGGCCCCACGCUGCCCGUAAGGAGCCACCAGAGUACAUGCUGGAGCUGUAUAACCGCUUUGCCAAUGACCGCACUGCUGUGCCCACAGCCAACAUAGUGCGCAGUUUCAAGAAUGCAGAUUCCUCCCCUUACAGUGUGACAGUCAGCGGUGUGAGGAUACACCCCUUGCUGUUCAAUAUCUCUAUUCCACAUCAUGAACACAUAACAACAGCUGAGCUCCACCUUUACACCAUGGUUCAAAGGGCCCAGAGAUCAUAUGCAGGCCAUGACCACAAGGUGACCAUCUACAAAAUACGUGAGGAUGUUCUUUGGACCAAAGAGGUGAGGACAGAGGGGGGAAGAAGUGAUAAAGAGGAGGUGGUGGAGAUGAAGGACUUGGAGGAACUGGUGACAAAUCAUAUCCGUGGCAAAGAUAACAGCUGGAUGUCAUUUGACCUGACUCAUGUGGUUAGACUCUGGCGGAGGUCAGGGUGUACAACAAGCCGAUUAGAGGUUCACAUUGCAAAGCUGGAGCCAGAAGACGAGGGGACCGGACUAGAGGUCACAGAAGAAGAUGGGAAAUCAUUCGAUGUUGAUAUUGACAGGAGUUUGGAGGGGAAACACAAUGCAGUGAUGAUUGUAUUCUCGGACGAUCGCAGCAGAGACCAUAAGCAGGAUAAACAAGAGCUCAACCAGAUGACUGAACACGAGAAUGACCUCCCUAAAACUUUAGAGCAAGGCACACGUGUGGUCUUGGGGCACGUCAGUCUGAGCAAUGACAAUGCUGAACAGAAAGAACUGAACAAACAGGCUCUCAUACAACUACAGUCCAACAUUAUCUACGAUACACCUCCCCGAAUCCGUCGCCAUGUUAAGAGUGAGCCAUGCAAGAGGACGCCACUCUUUGUGAAGUUUAAAGAAAUUGGCUGGGAUGCGUGGGUUAUACAGCCCCCGGGCUAUGAAGCUUAUGAGUGCAAUGGCGUGUGCAACCCACCUAUGACGUCUGAGGUCUCACCUACCAAACAUGCCAUAGUCCAGACUCUGCUGAGUGUCAAGCGUCCACAAAGAGCUUCGCGUGCUUGCUGUGUUCCAACUAAGCUGGAGCCCAUUUCACUACUUUACUAUGAUAACGGAGUGGCCACUUUCAACCACAAGUAUGAGGAAAUGGUUGUGGCAGAGUGUGGUUGUAGAUAG